UUUACGUUAGAAAGCACACGAGCGCACACGCCCCUCCUCCCCUUAGGUGAGGUCAAGCCAGCGAAGAGGGGAAAAGACGCAUUGUUGACAGGUGCACGGAAACAUUUACCGGGAAGAAAUGGAUUCCAAGACAGUCCUGUGCGAAAGUUUAAUAAUUUGGUUACAGACUUUCAACACCCCUUCAUCCUGCAAGACAAUACAGGACUUGACUACAGGAGUGGCCAUUUCUCAGGCUCUUCAUCAAAUAGACCCUGCGUGGUUCAAUGACAGUUGGCUGACUCGCAUUAAGGAGGAUGUUUCUGAAAACUGGAGGCUAAAGAUGAACAACCUAAAAAAGAUUCUUCAGAUGGUGGUGGAUUACUAUAAUGAGGUCCUGGCACAGCAGAUCUCUGACUUCCCGCUUCCGGAUCUGGUCCGCGUGGCUGAGCACUCCGACCCCGUGGAACUGGGUCGUCUCCUGCAGCUGGUUCUGGGCUGCGCUAUUAAAUGCGAGAGAAAACAAGAAUAUAUCCAGAUCAUCAUGACGUUGGAAGAGUCGGUGCAGCAUGUCGUGAUGACAGCCAUUCAGGAGUUAAUGAAUAAGGAACAGAUGUCACAGUUUGGAGUGGACCCUCUGCUGGACAUAGAGCAGCAGCUGAAGAAGGCGCUGGAGGACCUCUCGGAGCUGGCAUCUGAGAAGGAAGAGCUGGCCAAGAGGUGCCUUGAGCUGGACACUCAGGUGGCCGUGCUCCAGGAGGAGAGGAACAGCUUGCUGGCUGAGAACGACCUGCUGACGGACCGAUCCAGCCAGCUGGACUCCUUCGACGACCCCAGUACGCCGUCGGGGAAGAAAUACUGCCAGCUCCAAUUCCAGCUGGAGCAGCUUCAGGAAGAGAACUUCAGGCUAGAGGCUGCGAAGGAUGACUACCGCAUCCACUGCGAGGAGCUGGAGAAGCAGCUGGUGGAGGUGCAGCACCGCAACGACGAGCUCACCUGCCUGGCCGAGGAGUCGCGCUCCCUGAAGGAUGAGCUGGACAUCCUGAGGAGCUGUUCUGACCGGGCCGUGAAGCUGGAGGCCUCAGUGGAGACCUACAGGAAGAAGCUGGAAGACCUGAGCGACCUGCGGCGGCAGGUGAAGGUUCUUGAGGAGAAGAACAUGACCUACAUGCAGAACACCGUGAGCUUGGAAGAGGAGCUACGCAAAGCCAAUGCGGCUCGAACCCAGCUGGAGACCUACAAGAGGCAGGUCCAGGAGCUGCACAGGAAGUUGUCAGAAGAGUCCAGGAGGGCCGAUAACUUGGCCUUUGAAAUGAAAAAGUUUGAGGAGAAAUAUGAUACUGUCAUUAAGGAGAAAGAGAGGGUGAUUGUUGAGCGGGAUUCCUUGAAGGAGACCAAUGAGGAGCUGCGUUGCACACAAGCUCAGCAGAGCCAGCUCAUUCAAGCAGGAAUGUUUCCUGCUGGAAAUGCGACGCAUGACAACCUCGCAGCAGAACUCCUGCCUAUAGAGUACAGGGAGAAGUUCAUCCGUCUGCAACACGAGAACAAGAUGCUGCGCCUGGACAGAGAGGGAUCAGAGAACGAGCGCAUCGCUGAGCUGCAGGCCCGGCUCGAGGAGGCCCACCGGCAGCGGACGGAGCUGGACACGGAGAUCAGGUUGAACCAGGAGAGAAUCUCUGAGUUGCAGCUCCAGGUGGAAGACCUCCAGAAAGCCCUGCAAGGCCAAGGAUCCAAAACUGAAGAUUCGCAUCUGAAGAAGAAACUGGAUGCUCACAUGGUGCAGCUGAACGAGGCUCAGGAUGAAAUCAUGAAGAAGAAGGAGCUUCUUGAAGAUCUGCAGCCAGACAGCACGCAGACCACCCUGAAGAUUGAUGAGCUGCUUGGUGCUCUGAAGAAAAAGGAUGAAGACAUGAGGGCGAUGGAGGAGCGCUACAAGAUGUACCUGGAGAAAGCCCGGAACGUCAUAAGGGCCCUGGAUCCCAAACUGAACCCGGCCACAGCUGAAAUCCAGGCCCUGAAAAACCAGCUGCUGGAAAAAGAUAGAAGAAUCUUGAGUCUUGAGCGUGAGUGUGAGCAGGCGAAACUCCGUGAGUAUGAGGAGAAACUCAUCGUGACGGCCUGGUACAACAAGAGCCUGACCUUCCAGAAGAUGGCCAUCGAGUCGCGGCUGGCCGGGCGUUCCAACUCCACAACAGCGCCCCCUGUCCAAUCCUUCCUCGCGCAGCAGCGGCAGGUGACCAAUGCCCGGCGCCCCCUGUCAGUCAGUGUGCCCGUGGCCGCGGCCCCCUCAAAGUAACGUCACUCCUCACCCCGAACACGCCUUCAAGUGACCUUAAGCACCGGAGCGAGAAUCUCGGAUCCCGGUCACGGCUUCCACUCCACACAAGUCAAACCCGCAAAGCCACUUGGCCAGCACUGGGGUCUUUUAUUGUGACGGCGGGUUCGGGUCACAUCUGGGGUCUUGCUAUUGUGUCUGGUAGCUGAUCUCAGGUCAGGGAAAUUCUGUGAAUACUCAGUAUCCAUAGUGAUAACUGUAUAAAGCUGAACACUCUCAUCCUUGUGUAUAUAUAACUAACUUGGGCACAUGCGGACAGGAGAAGUGUGUUUAAAAUUCUUUAUAAAGCAGAUUUAAUAAUAUAAUUGUUACAGGAUUUUUUUUCUUCUUGGGGUUAAAUGUACAAAAAUAUAGAAUAUAAAAAUAGAAGCGAAUUGGUGCUGGACAUCAGCUUCUUCUCUUCUUGCAGUAGCUGUAGUUCACGCGUUUCGAAGGGGAGACUCCUGUCGCAUAGAGACACCACAUAUACUGGGAUCGGGGCCCCUCCAAGGGGUACUGUGCUUAACGUGUUGUUUGAAAUGGGCCAGCUCGACCUGUGCUAUUUAUUUCGCCUAAAGAGUGAGUUGAUUACUGCAUGCCCUGUUGAAAUUAUAUAGGUGGCUUUGUUCCUUUCAGUUUUUUUGUUCUGAUUUGUAGAAAUCUCAAAGGAUGGUGUCAGAAUGACGAGGAACCACUCCUGCCUUUUGACAUAAACAACAUUUGUGAUAUUUAUGAGUUGUGCACAGGGAUUUCUGUCAGACACAAAUAGUGUGAUUCCAUUCAGAAGUUGACUUCUCCUUCUUUAUAUAAUACAGGUUUAUUAGAGUAGUUCCAGUAAGAAUAGACCCAGCCCAAAAACUAGGGGUCUCUAAUUGCACUCAAACAUUCUCUCCACCGUUUUUUUUCUGUUGUCUAUUUAUAUUUAAUUUGUAUCUUUCAGCUAGUCUUUUUAAAUUCCUGUUGUUUUUAAACUAUAUAAUAGUCACAUUCAUGCACAAAGUAUCCAUGAAGUGGAUUACAAAGUGUCUUUUUGUUUUGUUGAAAAAACAUGAAAACAUUAUGAUAAAAUACUGGAUGACCAUAGUUGAUUUAAGCAACAUAAAUUACUAUUACUAAGGCAGAAAUUGAUCAGUGUAAACCCAAAAAUAAACCCAUAAAAUCACAUAUAAAUGAAAUGCCAUAUGAGUUGAGCCGUAGAGAUUUGAGAUAUUUUUAAAAGAUUUUAAAACAUUGAGAUUUAAUCUAAAAACCUUUUCCAUGGUAAUUCUUGGGUAAAUUUGACCUAAAAGAAGCACUUAAUGAAAAUAAAAUACAUUAAUUUUUUUAACUCGUUAGUGUCAUAUUUAUAGUAUAAUAAAGUAUUAUAUAUUUGUUAAUUGUCUUGUUAAUUUAGACAUGAUUCUGAUGACCCACUGUGUACGCUGGUUUUUGUUACUUUUGAGCGGCUAUUGGAAAGCACUUCUCAAAUCAAAUCAAUGUAUCUGUGGGUUCACUGAUUGUUUGGUUGCUAUCUGUGCUUUAGUUUUGCUGUGAGGACUUGGUUAAUUUACCUUUGCUCAAUACAUGAUAAAAUAAAGCCAAUUUUAAAGCACAAA